AUGAAAUUCACAGUAAAAAAUCCCGGAGAAAGCUUAGUACCCGCCAAACAAACACUACCUUCUAUAGGGAUAUUAGCAAACGCCACGGUGGAGGAGGGUGAUGACGUAUAUCUAGACUGUCCUGUUAUCAACAAAACCGCCGUUUCUAAGGUCCAAUGGUUCAGGAUUCUUCCAAGCUACCUUCAUAUCAGCAACGACGGGAAUCUGCAGACGACAAAAACGGAGAAAUAUGGCGUUAAGGCGACAGAUGCUGCUUCUGCCAAUACCCAGGCCAUUAAUACGGUGACCUUGAUAAUAAAACACGUGGCGGACUCUGACGUUGGUAGAUACAGAUGUCGCGUGCUCAUUCCACAGGUUUCCUACCCUUUGUGGCCAUCCAAGGAUUCUUUUGUCAGUAUCGCAGCACCCCCUGUAAUUCUGUCUGUGGGCAACACCAAAGUAGUAUCUGCCGUUGGUGGAGACGUCACGUUGACAUGUCGAGUGUAUGGAGCCCCUGAACCGACCAUCACAUGGUACAAAGGCGACGCGGGGACCAAUAUAAUGGGACACGGCGAGGUGUUACAUCUGGAGGGCCUCAGAGCCGGGGAUGGGGGUGAAUACAGUUGCGAGGCUGAUAAUGGCGUGUCCCCUAACGCUAUGGAGACCUACCACAUUACCAUUAAACAAGAACCGUUGUGUUCGGCUCCACGAUUACACGUAAUGCAAGCAAAAAAUAUAUUUCAACCUGCUGAAAUGUCGUGUCAUAUAACUGGUUAUCCGGUGCCAAAAGUAACAUGGAAAAGAUACACCGUACACGGAAUUCAGACGAUUUUCACUUCAAAAUAUGACAUUCAUAACAUACUACCAAAGGACAAUUCUGGCGUGAUGACGUCAGUGCUCAAAGUUUACAACGUCACAGGUUCCGACUUUGGCACGUACAUAUGUGAAGGACUUAAUGAUAUUGAUCAGUGUACAGCAGAAAUAAGAUUGCUGGAAAGUCGCGAGUGUGUGGGGCCUCAUUGUGACAGCAGAACAAUUAUUAGUGAUAUGGAAAUUGGACAUUCUCCAGCUGUGACGACACCCGCACCUUCUGAUGACGAUGAUGACGCAACUCAGGAGGGACAAAAGGCACCAAACAAACAAAACUCCGGCGUUACCGUAAUACCACCAAUGUCGUUUAUUUGUGUCUUGUCGCUAUUUGCCUUCUUUAUUACCGUGUAG